AUUUAGUCGUUUACCAAAUUUCCAGACUAGCUGACAAUGUUGUCAUAAAAUUGACUAUGUCAAAAUCCAGGCAUAUGUGCGAGAAAUUGAUGAACACAAGAAGACAAUUCUUCUUAUUAAUAAGGCAGAUCUUUUACCAUUCUCUGUCAGAUACCAAUGGGCAAAGUACUUUUGCCUUCAUGGGGUUCUUUUUGUAUUCUGGUCUGCAAAGGCUGCUUCUGCAGCUCUGGAAGGAAAACAGCUUAGUGUCCCUUUAGAGACUCAAAGUAGCCUGCAAGAAUGUGUUGAUGCUAAUACAAAAAUAUAUGGCAGGGAGGAAUUGUUGGCCCAUCUACAGGCUGAGGCAGAGGAGAUAGUGUUGAUGAGGAAAUCAGGUUCCUGUACAACAGACCCAUCUCAUGUUCAUACUCCGAGUGGAAAUGUUGCAGGAAGUACAGCAUCUAAUAGUGUAACUGUGGGAUUUGUGGGGUACCCUAAUGUGGGGAAAAGCUCAACAAUCAAUGCUUUGGUAGGCGAAAAGCGGACAGGCGUAACAUCAACGCCAGGGAAGACAAAGCAUUUCCAGACACUGAUAAUAUCCGCUAAACUUACACUCUGUGAUUGCCCUGGAUUGGUUUUUCCAUCAUUCACAAGCUCAAGAUAUGAGAUGAUUGCUUCUGGGGUUUUACCCAUUGAUCGAAUGACGGAGCACAGAGAGGCUGUACAGGUUGUGGCAAAUCGAGUACCUAGGCACAUCAUUGAAGAUGUCUACAAAAUCUCGCUGCCAAAACCCAAGCCAUAUGAGCUGCAGUCUCGACCUCCCUCGGCAUCAGAACUUUUGAGGGCAUAUUGUGCAUCUCGUGGUUAUGUUGCCUCAAGUGGACUGCCAGAUGAAACUAGAGCUGCCCGCCAAAUUUUGAAGGAUUACAUUGACGGCAAGCUGCCCCACUUUGAGCUGCCCCCUGGAUCCUCAAAUGAGGAAGCUGCUGCAAACGAUGCUGUUGGACCCACCAAGUCUGAGAUGCAUGAAUCAGACUCAACUGAUGAUGAGGAUGGUUCAGAUAGUGAAGGUGAAGGUGCACCCAGUCUAGAGCAUGUGCUGAAUGAUCUAAAUUCAUUUGACAUAGCUAAUGGUCUAGCUUCUAGUACGGGCCCUGUUAAGAAAAAGCCUCCAAGUGCAUCCCAUAAACAACAUAAGAAGCCUCAGAGAAAAAAAGACCGCUCAUGGAGGGCUAGGAAUGAUGAAAGUGAUGGAAUGCCAGUAGUCAGGGUCUUCCAAAAGGCAGUAAAUACAGGCCCAAUGAACACUGGAUAGAGAUCGGUUAUAAGCUAUUACUGGUACAAGAUGUUCCUUUCCUGGUUUCAUCAACUUAAGCAAACCCAUCAUAGAUGUCAUAUUUUCAGCAAUUGGCUUGUGUCUGCUAGUAACAGGCUUCUAUUAUGGGUACUAUGGUCUGUUCACAUGGUAUACAUGUAUAUCUUCAUACUUGUGGUACUUCUAAUUAAUUUAGUGAAGUGAAAUUGGCUACUACUAUAGAGUACUGUUAUGUAUUUUUUGCAAAGUACUGUUAUGUGAUUUUACCAUAGGAGAGUUGUGAUUGUAUUUGUACUUGAGAUUGCAGAAGAAAAAGUAUCUGAUAGCCUGUAGAACUAGUGAGACAAAAAUAGCACUUGGGCCAAAGAUUGUUCACAUUCUUAUCAGAGGCUUGGUUAUCUGGCUUAGUUUUUU